AUGGCCGCCCUGGCGGCCUCAGCUACGGCCUCGGACUCGCCGGGCCCCACGGCCUCGUCCCUCGUCAACGGCGAGCAGCGUGCUGCGGGCAGUGCGGGCAGUGCGGGCCACGCGGCCCCGGCCCCCAACGCCUCUGACGCCGGCCUCGGAUUCGCGGCCAGGCAGGGGCCGGCGUCCUUCUUGACGGCCUCGGACAUCAACGGACACGUCGCGGCGAACUCAGCGGGGCAGCCGCAGUACAAGCAGGCGUCCCUGGUCGGCAUCCAGCAGGCCUCGCCGCCCUACAGCCCCAGCAGCUACCAGCAGUCUCCCCCACCCCCACCGCGCAACAACAACAACUACAGCCAACAACAACAAUUUCAGCAGCAACUAAGCGAGCAGUUGUACCAGAGGCAGUACACUUCCCCUCAACCCCAGCAGGCCAAGCAGCCCCCGCAGCAGCAGAGGUCUUUACCUUCGCCGCCGUCCGCCGCCGUCAACCAGGUCCCUAACCAGGUCCCCAACCAGGCCUCCAACCAGGUCCCCAACCAGGUCUCCAACCAGCUCGCGCCCCAGGCCGGCCACAACCAGCAGCUAUCGCCACGGGGCCAGCAGCGCGUCCCUCCGCCUCAGCAACUUCCCCAAGCCGCGUACCCAAGGCCUCCCAGCCAAGGCUACCAACAGCAGCAACCACAACAACAACACCAACAGCAGCAACAAAGUGCGGCGCCUAACCGGUACCCGCCGACGCAGUUCCAGCCGCAGCAGCAGUACCAGCAGCAAUACCCGCAGCAGUACGCCUUCCAGAACUACAACCACCACCCUCAGACGGAGCAGAAGCCGCCCCAGCCACCGCCGCCGCAGCAGGGAACGCCUCAGCGACAGCGCCCGCCACCGCUGACGCAGCUGCAGCAACUGCAGCAGCAGCACUCCGUGCAGAGUCCCCCGAGCAGCCCCAGCGCGUGGAAGCCGCCGAGCAGGCCGCCGUCGUCCCUGGGCGACCCGGGCACGCCCACGCGCUCCCAGUCCUUCCUGCUCGGCACGCCGCCAGCCUCGCCGCCGUCGAGGUCACCGCCGUCCGGCAGGCUCGUCGCGCACGCGGACAUGGACGGCGGAGGGCAGCCGGGGCCGCCGGGGCCGCAGGGGCCGCAGGGGCCGCAGCAACAGGGCAUGCCGCCGAGGAUGCCGAUGAACCAGCCGCCGCGGCCCGGACCGCCUGGGCCGCCCGGACCCCCCGGCCAGUACCCCGGCCCAGGGCCCGGGCAGUUCAUGAAGCAGCAGCCGCCAUUCCAAGGCCAGGGCCAGGGCCAGGGUGGCCCGCGGCCCGACCUCACCAACCGCAUGCCCAUGCCGGGGCAGCAGGGCCCGCCGCAGGGCUACCCAGGGCCGCCGCAAGGCAUGCGGCCUAUGCAGCCCAUGCAGCCCAUGCAGCCCAUGCAGCGGCCGCCCUACAGGCCACAGGGCCCACCAGGUCCACAAGGCCCGCAGGGUCCACAGGGGGAGGGCGACCCGCGCAUGCCGCGGCCCUUCGAGCGCACGGACAGCGUGAUGCGCGGCGACCCCCGCAUGCUCAUCAGGGGACCGCCGCCUGGGCCUGGGGGCGGCCCUGGGGGUGGGCCCGGGGGCGGCCCAGGACCCGGGUACCAAAUGGCCAAGCCCAACGUGGACCGGAGGAGCGUGGAUGAUGACGAGGACGUGGUCACGGUGCAGCGGGGGCCGCCCUAUCCGAACAGAGCUCCACCGGGUCAGCAGCUCGGCCCGGGGCCCGGACAACCCGGACAGUUUGGACAGCCCGGUCAACCCGGACAACCUGGACAACCCGGACAGCAACCUCUUGGCAUGGGCAGAGGCCAGCCCAUGCGCAACGGCGCGCCACCAGGACCUCCAGGACCUCCAGGACAGCAGGGCGAAGGUGGCCCCCUCUCCAGGCCGCCCAGCGCGGGGUCGGCGGGGCCUCACGGAGGAAUGGACCCCAGCCUGGCGGCCAAGCCCCCACCGGGGCCUCCUCGCCAGCAGCAGCAGCCCCUGCGGUCGUCCUUCGAGGAGGACAGACCGUCGUCCGGGGGAGGCGCCGGCAGGUUAGGUGGCGCCGUCAACAACCAGCCGGGCGGCCAGACGAACGGGAUGCGGCCCGCCAACCCCCUGCAGAACGCGCCGCCCAACUUCCCCCUCAACACCACCUUCACCAAGGAGUCGAGCGAGCGCGUGCUCCAGGGCCCGCCCCAGGGCCCGCCCCAGCAGCCGCCGGCCGCCUUCAAGCCCGAAGACAGGAGAGAGCCGGACCGGUGGACGGCGCGGCCCGCGGCCGACGCGAGCGGCGUGGACCUACCGAGAAGACCGGAGCCGCCCUUCAAGCUGGCCACCGAGAGGUCCUUCGACAACGCCAACGCGAGCAGGGUCCUGGGCGAGGCGACGAGGGAACGACCGCCGAGCGCGUCGGGAGACAGGAACGCCCCAGCCUCCCUCACCAACGGCAUCUCCAGCAAGAUCGUGGAGCGGACGCCCGGCGUGCGGACGUCGCCCGGCGCCGCGGACGCGCACAAGGCAGGCUCAGAUGGAGACCACGAUAGCGGAGUGGAUGAGUCGACCCAGGGCAGGGACGUGAACGGGGCGAUGGCGCCCGCCAAGCUCCCCAUCAAGCCGAGGGGCAGGCCCCGGGAGACGCGCGGCCCGCGCGACCCCAGCGCGCCCCCGGCCACCGGCGGGGACCUCUCGCCGCUCAAGUCGCCCCUCAAGUCGCCCAGGUCCGCGUCGCAGUCCGUGCCCAGGACUCCGGACGGCGCGGCCAAAAAGCUGCCGAUGAACAAGAUCCAGGUGGGCGCGGCGCCGUCGCCCAACCUGAAGACGGUGAGGUCCAAGAUCGGGUCGCUGCAGAACGCGGCCUACAAGCCGGGCGGCGGCCGCGUCAAGAUCGAGAGCAGGAAGCUGGAGUGGAAGGCGGCGCCCAAGAUCGAGGCCCUCAACGACACCUACGUCCCGCGCGGCGGCGACAAGAAGAUUGAGCAGAAAAAGCUUAUCUGGAAUGCCAAGUCCAAGAUCGGGUCCCUGGACAACACGGCCCACAAGCCGGGCGGAGGGGACAAGAAGAUCGAAUCGGUGAAGCUGGACUUCAAGGACAAGGCCAAGCCAAAGAUCGGCUCCAAGGACAACAUGACACACAAGCCUGGCGGGGGCAAGGUCAAGAUCGAGGACCAGAAGAUUGAAGUCAAGGCCCAGAGCAAGAUCGGCUCGCUGGACAACGUCAAGCACAAACCCGGCGGCGGCGAGAGGAAGAUCUUCGACGACAAGGACUACCUGCGGCAGAUGUCGACCCCCAGCGAGCGCGACCCCAGCUCCUGCCGGAGUUCCAGAGCGCCCUCGGAGGGUCGAGCAUCCGGCGCCCACAGUCCCAUGCUGAGGUCUCCGUCCAUGGCGCGGUCAGAACAGAGCGAGGGCUAAGGACGCGUCGGAGCCGCAGCCUCCCGCCGGCGUCGCCGACGUCCACCCCUCCACCCUCGCCGUCCUUGGGGACCUUUGGGACCGCCCUGCCCUGCCCUGCACCGUGCCAUCGCCAACAACAACGCCCUCGACGAGUUCCUGCUCAUCUCAGUCAUCGUUGUUUUCCGGUCACGGGGAAAACCAGAGAAACAAGACGAUUUUGUACUUUGUACCCACGAGUUUUUAGUCGCGCUGUGCGAGCAGCGUGUGUAGCGUUUUGUAACGCAUGUUUAUCAAUAAAUGACUUUCGCACUUCCCCUCGCGAGAUACGUGAGCUCGACUUGGGGGACUCAUGCCCCAUUCGCGAGGAGGAGUUUUGUUGUGUAGAAUUUUAUAUAACGUGUUUCGCUUCGUUUCACUGUAAAAAAUUUUGACACGAAAUUUCUUGUUGUGGCUAGUGAAACGCCCCUUCUUAGUUAUACUUCUAAUGAAUUUCGUGUGCCAGUGGCAAUGAAAUCUCGUUCGCCAUGGCACACGAAAUUUUGUUGGCCACUGGCGAUCAGAAGGCUUCUUCCUACGCCAAAUGGCAAUUUUUGAGUCGUGGCGCUGGCAAGGAUACUCGGAACCAAUAUUGUGAACUUUCUAGUUGUGGCGAGGAGAAUUCGUCUCGGGCCGAUGAAAAAAGCGGCACGAGCGGUCGGCAUAGAACCCGAAACUUCAACUUGGAUGUCUUGUGCCCUGACCCCUCGGCCACCGCACCGCUGCUUGGCAGAGCGCUCGACGGAGCUUCAUCAUGGACUCGCGAGGACUAGUCUGGCCACCACCAGGUGCGGCGAAGCAAAGCAUCCUUCCCUUAGCCACGACUUGAAAUUUCAUAACUGUCGUCAGGGUAGGAUGCCUUUUCAGUGCCACACCUAUGAUUUUUCUUCGCCAAGGGGCUGUUAAAUUUAAAGUCGUGGCUGAGGGAAGCAUCGUUUUGUUAGCCAAGCGGUAAAUUUCACGUUUCGAACUUGGAAUUUCAUAAGCCACUGGCACUAUAAAUUCACUGUCGCGGUUUGGAAAGUGACCUUUCCAUAGCCAGUGGCGCUUUAAACACACUUUCGUGUCUGGCUAAGAAAAUUCAAGAAGCCAUUGGCUACAUAAAUUUAAUGGUAUUUUUUACAGUGUUUAUCAUAGAGUUUUGAGUUUGUUUCCCUGUCUUACUAUACCGCGAGUGCCAUUAUUAUGUACGUAACUUUUAGGUAACUUGUUUUAUACUGUUGUAAAACCUAUCAUUUUGACUUUGACUGCGCUAGUGUAUAUUCUCCACGAGGAGCAACCAACUUCUCCUGGCUAGAGGCGUUUGUACGAUCAGAAUGGAUGCACAUUUUGUCAGCUGAUAUUGGUGUAAGCCUGACUCACGAAAUAAAAUUAAUGUUAAGGUUUCUUUUAUAAGUCUGUACACUAAUUGCUGCAUAAAAUACCUUACCCGCAAUUUUUUUGCGUUUCUAACGCAAUUUUAGAAAAUAAAAAUCGCCAUUCGAUUUUCCUUUUUGUUUUUAAAGAGAUAAAGCAAAUCCAGUGUAAAUCUUUCAGCCUUUGUUUUUCAUCAUAAAUAUUGAUUAAAUUUAAUUCUACCUCAAAUUU